AUGUCGUCCGAGUCGCCCGUGUCGUACCUGCGCUCGUUGCCGUCGAUUCGGGCUCGCUGCUCCGAGGUGUUUGCGCUAGCAGAGGCAGACCAGCUGCAAUAUUGGACUCUUGACCUUUCCCAACAACCCAAGAUUGUCGACUUUGUCUGUUCUCUCAUUGAGCGAGACUACGGCACCAAUUAUGCCUCGAUUCCACCUCACGGACGAUGGCGACACUUUGUCGGCGAUCGGAUCGAGCCGCUGCUCACGAAAUGGCACAGCGACAACGUUAACGACCUCGAGAUCGCGAGACGGCUCGUCGAUUUGAUGGUCGUCAGUGUGUUGAUGGAUGCGGGGGCCGGGAAUGAGUGGAAGUUCACUCCCAAGGAAGGUGGGGAGCCUAUCGGUCGCAGCGAAGGACUUGCCGUCGGGAGCCUCGAGAUGUUCAGCCAAGGCAUGUUCAGCGGCUUGGCAGAACAACCUUAUCGAGUCGAUGGUGAGUCUAUCACUGUUCUCCCCCUUACCAGUCAUGAAUCACCAGAAUGGAGCUGAUGAUGGAUUCGUCCACAAAUCUGAUCUCGAUUCACAGCCGUCGGCCUGGCCAAGAUCUCGACGUCACAGAUCUCGGAGGCGAUGCAGGUCUCAUCCUCGAAUCCCAUGACGGGCAUCGAGGGUCGCGCCGAACUUCUCGUUCGUCUUGCCUCGGUCUUGACCGAUGCUGCAAACGCUGCAUACUUUACCGUCGACUCGAGCUCCCGACCGGGCCACAUCAUCGACUACCUCCUUGCUCAUCCAUCGUCUCAACAGAUCCCCUCACCGUCCUCCUAUCGCAUCGCAGUCAAGAUCGAAACUCUGUGGGAGAUCGUCGUCGAUGGCUUGAGCGGUGUAUGGCCAGCGGCAAGAAGUAAGAUCGAUGGUGUUUCUCUCGGGGACGUGUGGCCUGUGGAUUGCCUUCACAAAGCAGAUGCGAAAAAUUCUCCGGACGCCUUCGUCUCCUUUCACAAGCUAUCCCAGUGGAUGUCGUACUCUUUGAUCGAAGUGUGAGUCAUCGGAAUGGUUUACUCGAACCGAUCUAAGUUCAAAUGCUGAUUGCACCGGCAUCACGAACGAACAGGAUGGAGAAGAUUCUCGGCUGGAAGUUCCUCCACAAGGAUCUUAUGACCGGACUGCCCGAGUACCGCAACGGCGGUCUCUUGAUCGAUUUCGACUUGCUGAAACCCAAAAUACCAGCCCUUCUCUCGUCCUUUUCCCUACCAGUCCCCUCGUCUCCCACAUCCAUGCCUACGCUCCUCGAAGUUCCGCCCUUAGAUCCUUCUCAUUCCGCCGUGGUCGAAUUGCGAGCGGUCACCGUGAUCAUGCUCGAUCGGAUCGCCGACGCCAUCAGGGAACGGGUCGGAGUCAAGUUGACUUUGGCGCAAGUGUUGGAAGCGGGAACGUGGAAAGCUGGGCGAGAGAUCGCAAAGAAGCUGAGACCUGAGACAGGGGCACCGCCGUUCAGAUAUGGUCAGUCCCGAUUUGCACAUAAGUCUGUUUCUUAAAGAAGGAGCGUUGAACUGACCGAAUAGUCCUGUCGGCUCCCAACAGUCGCCGAUGGAACGGUCUUCUAA